AUGUUGCGCUGCUCUAGGGAAGGCGGUUCGGGGCCAGAGGAUGCCUUUCUCUUCCUGCUGACGAACUUCAAUGAGAGUGCUCGUCUCUGGGUACGACUGCAGCAACAGAGCAGCAUUCGAGAUCGUGUCAAGAGGGAGAAGGAGAGGCAAGAUCUUCGAGUUCUUGUUGGCUCCGCGCUUGUUCGGAUGGCACAGCUCGAGGGAAUGACUGUUGAAUUCUACAGGACGCAGGCGCUGCCUGCGAUUCUCCAGCAAAUCAUGGCGUGCAAGGAUACCCUGGCUCAGCAGUACUUGCUGGACUGCGUGGUUCAGGUAUUCUCCGACGAGUGCCAUCUUCAGACUUUAGAUCUGCUGCUAAGUCAAACCGCAAAUGUACAAAGAGGAGUGGCGCUAAAGCCGGUGUUGGUAAAUCUGCUAAAUCGUAUUACGAGCUUCUUGCAAGGCGAUCCCGAGGCGCUGCCCAAAGACAUCUCCGUGUUUGAUAUAUUUCGUAACUUCCUCGAGUCGCAGGUGGACGCCGCUAUCCUCGCGUAUUCCGGGGGCAGCAGCGGCACACCCGCAGAGCCUCCCUCUGGAGGCUGCAUGGAUUUGUCGAGUUUGUUAGCCAUGCAAGUGGCAUUUCUCAACUUUUGUCUGGCCCUCUUUCCUUCCCGAGUGGACUACGUCGCCCAAAUUCUAGACAGCGCCCACAGGCUGCUCUCCAUGACUUGCCAGCGCGCGUCGGCUGCAGUGACUGCGGCAAGUGUCGCCGCCGGUGGGAGUGGCGGGAGAUCGCCCCCAAGUUUGGCGAAGCUGCGUGGCUCUGGUAUUGCGGAGCUGAGCGCCUCCACGGUGGAAGGGAGCUACAUGGCCUCUGCUGCGGCAGUGACUGAUCCCAGCGCCGUGCACUUGAAGCCGCUGCCGGAGGCUGGCAUGGAUGCCCUCAUGGAUCUUCUUGCUGCUCCACUCCGCGUUCUGUCGCUCCAAGUGCUGAGCAUUGAGAGCUACUCCCCCCUUUUGGACUUUUUGGAUGUCUCCACGCGGCAUCAAGUGGCGAGCACCAUGGUGUCGGCUGUAGUGACGGCUGGCAUGCCCCUGUCUUCUGCGGAGUCUCUGGGACGGUUUUUGACCUUAGUGUCUCCGCUGCUUCGAGAUGAGGUGCUCAAUGGAAAGCGGCUGGAAGAGGAAACUGGGGAGCCAGAGGAAACGGAGGCAGCGAAGCGACAGCUGCAGCAAAUGGCGAUGCUCGUGCACCUCGCGCGCGCUCCCGACACGGACGAUUACUUUAAUCUGCUUCUUGUUGCGAAGAGCAAGUUUUCCGAAGGGGGGCCUUCGAAGUUGCGCGUGCUGUUGCCUCCGCUGGUUGUUUCCGCAUGCCGCCUGCUGCCCUCUGUCUUGGAGAGGCAGCAACAAGCGGAGCAGAGGAUUGAGGACGUGACGAUGCCAGCCCAUGGAGGCAAGAAGAUUUGCCAGUUUCUUCACGCGACGUGUCUGGAACUAGUGCAAAUCAGCGCUGAGAUGGCCUUUCGCAUGUGGCUCAUGGCUGCAAUGGCGGCAGACAACGCAUGCGAAAUGGUGGGAGGCUACGAGGCGAUUUGCCACGAGUUUUUGAGUCAAGCCCUCGUCUGCUUCGAGGAGGAGAUCACCGAGAGCAAGCGGCAAUUCGCUGCCUUGACGGAAAUGGUGGGCUGUCUGUCUGGCUUUGUUAGACGCUUGGACCGAGAAAACUACGACUCCAUCGCCUCAAAGCUGACUCAACACGGUGCCAAGCUGUUGAAAAAGCCCGAUCAGUGCAGAGCAGUCCUCUCGUGCUCGCACUUGUACUGGAACGCCCCCGAGUACAGAGACAGCCGGCGGGUGCUCGAGUGUCUUCAGAAGUGCCUCAAGAUCGCCGACAUAUGUGUGCAAGCCAGCACCUCCCACGUCUCCCUGUUCAUCGAGAUUCUUGACAAAUAUGUUUACUACUUCGACCAAAACAACCCAGAGGUUACCGUGGAAUUCAUUCAGAACCUUGUUGCGCUUUGCGCGGAGCACUGCAGGUUUGCAGAAUUGGACAAGGAAGAUGAUGUGAUGAAGAACUUUCGCAACACUCUGCAGCACCUGAAGAGAAAGAAACAGGCGGAGGGCGGGUCUAAGUAUCGCGGUUUGGACCUGUCCAUCGAUAUUUAA